CUCUGGGGAAACAUGGCGGAAAGAGUUUAGUGAGUUGACAACCUCAGCCUCAUCAUGCCGAAGGAACCCAAAGUAACAGGUCUGUCCCCCAAUGAGGGACCUCCUGGGACUAAAGUCACCAUCCGAGGGGAGAACCUUGGGACAGGCGCAACAGAUCUCACAGGUCUGACCAUAUGUGGUGUGAACUGCCUGCUGACUGCGGAGUGGGUGUCGCCCAGUAAGAUCACCUGUAAGACGGGUCUGUGUAAGGGUAAGGGUGAGGUCAUCGUCACCACCCGCUCAGGUGGGCUGGGCACCUGUACUGUCACCUUCAGGGGAUAUGUCAUGCAGACAGGACCACUGGAGGAGUCAGCUGUUUGGAUAGAUGAGUCCACUACAACAGACAAGAGGGGGAGGUCCAAGUCUUCAUCUGCCCUCUUCCGCAAAAAUGAGGAUCCUCUGGGAAUGUCAAUGGAGGGGAAAGGAAAGUUUCCCAUUGACCAGCUUGAGGAGAUGUUCCCAGAAGGAAGCGGUGAUCCAUCCAACGACAAGUUCCUGUCUGAAUGGUUUCUGAUAGAGAACCACCAUCACACAAGUUUUGAAGACCUGAAAAGCGGUCUGUCGUACCUGAAGAGAAAGUCCAGUCAGCGGUCGGAGGGACCUCUGGCCUUCAUGAAGGGGAACCUGACCUCCAUCAUGGACUGUCAGGACGCUCUGGCUGCUAUGCAUCAAGACCUGUUGAAAGAUGAGAGUACCAGUGAGGGCGGGUCUAUCACUGAAAAACUGGAGUCUCUUCUGAACAAGGCCAAUGACAGUGCCAAUGCCAUGUACCAGGAUGUGCUGGGGAGGAAGGACAAGGCCGACGCCACCCGGAACGCCCUGAACGUACUGCAGCGCUUCAGGUUUCUCUUCAGUCUGCCUGGCAGCAUAGAGAGGAACAUCCAGAAUGGUGAUUAUGACAUUGUCAUCAACGACUAUGCUAAAGCCAAGUCCCUUUUUGCUGAUACUGAAGUCCAGGUUUUCAAGAGGGUGUAUCUGGAGGUGGAGAAGCAGAUUGAGGCAUUCCGAGGUCAGCUGACAGAAAAGCUGAUGCAGCUCCCCUCUAGCCUGGACGAACAGAGCAAACUCAUCAGAUACCUGAUGGACCUGGGUGCACCAGGGGACCCUGCAUGGGACUGUCUGGUCAACCAGCAGAAGUGGCUGCUGCAGUUACUGCUCGACUGCAAGGAGGAGCACAUAAAGCAAGCCCAGUCGGCCCCUUCGGUGGCAGGUUCAGAAGGUGACACCCCGUCACACACUCCCCUGAAGUACAGACCGAGUGUGGGAACACCUGGAUCUGUCUUCACUCCAGGACGCUCCAGCGUAAAGAGGAUGCCCAGCUUCGGGUCCACCCAGUCUCCUGACCAGGCUGGUUGGAAGUUCAAAACACCGCAGAGGGUGCAGUUUGUGGAUGAUCUGACAGAUGUCCUUCUUGAGAACUUCCCUGACCUCUGGAAGCUUUGGGAAGGAUACUCCACAGGGAGUCUCCUGAAUGAAACUGCAGAGAAAGCUGAUGUAGCAAACCAAGAGAAGGAGACACAGUUCAAGAAAAUGGUGGAAGAAGUGAUGGCUGUGUACAGUAAGCUGUUGCGAGCAGCUUUCCUCCCCGAGUCUUUGUCUUCUUCUCCUGAGGAAAGGAUCAAAUACGGGGUGUGGCCUGAGGGGAAGUACGACAACAUGGCACACUGGCUGCCACAGUUUGUCAGGACAAUAAGAUCCUGCUAUGGCACCCUGUCUGGUAUGAACCUACCAGAUGAGACGACCCAUGAUGUGAGAGAUGUGGCCCAGGAUACCAGAGUCCACUGUGUAACCACACUUCUGCAGCAGGCUACUGAAGAUGUGAAGGCCCUUAAUGACAGAGAGACCUGGACUGUGGAGAGGGAUGACAGAGGUGGCAUUACCACACUUCCCCUGUUGUUUGAGAACAUCAUCACAGAACUCAUCCAACACCUGAAGGAGGUGGUACAGAGUAGGGCUGAGGAGUCAGAGAUAUUCCGAGGUGCAGACACACGGAUAAAAGUGUCCAAACUGUGUGAAGACAUGCUAUCAGCUUUUUCUGUCACCAUGGACCAGCUAGCAUUCAGAACAGACACCGAGGCAGAGACAACGUGCAUUGCUUCUGAUUCUCUAUUACCAACAUCGCAGCAGCCAUCAUCAGGUCAUGAUGAGCUGACCAGUCCAUCUGAACACAUCCCUCCUCUGGAGCGCCGCCUGGUGAUUGUAUUGAGCAACUGCAGCCACACAAGGGAAAAGGUCCUUCCAAAGUUGAUAGAUCUCCUAGAGAAGAAUGGAUAUCCAGAGGUGCAAAAAGUUCAAAAGGGAUCUCAGAGCUGUUUUUCUGGCCUGGAUGAGAAGUUGUUUGAUGCGUACCUGGAACAGAAGGCAGACCCUCUGGUGGGAGCGCUGGAGCCGGGAGUGUAUGCUGGGUACUUCAUGUGGAACGACUGUCUCCCUCCCAGAGGUGUGAGGAAUUAUGUGAAGGAAGCCCUGAUGAACCUAAUAGCUGUUCAUGCUGAGGUGUUUUCCAUCUCCCCGUUGCUGGUGGAGAGGGUUCUGUCCAGACUGCUGCAGGCCCUGGCUGAGGAGAUGCUGAGGCUGAUGGAGUGUGUGACGGACUGGAGUCGAGAUGGAGCCAUCCAGGCACGUCUGGAGCUGUGUGCGUUACAAGAUGCUCUGGCACUCUACAAGACCCCGGAGUCCAGUAAAUCCUUCCAUGAUGCCUUGCAAAUAGUUCCACCUGUCACCAGUGCAGCAGACAGAAAAAAUCUAGAGGAGCUUAUGAACAAGUUCAAGAGCAACAUGCAGUUGCAGCUAACCUGCUUCAGGAGUGAUUCACUGAAGAGGACACUAGUCUGACAUGUCUAAGACAAAUGCAUGUACUAGACAUUGUCGUGAGGCUUACAAUGGAGGUUAAAUGGAGGUGGUUGCAGCACCCUGGGAUUUUUUCCAAGCUCCUUGUGGGUUCAGGGAAUGCUUGCCACAAUCACUUUCCUUGUACAUAAGUUAUGGUGACAUCUCGACUGCUAUAUUCUAGCAUCUUAACUGCAAUAUCUAAGCUCCAAACACAGUCUUAGCAGAAAUGAAUAAUCUUAAAUGCUAUGAAAUGAACUAAAGGUUCAUAAUAAACCAUUAAAAUGUCGGUGAAUUGAUGUACAAUUGUUAAUUUUUGUGAUGAAUAAACACAACAAGAUCAUUCAGACAUAGAAAGACUGCCCAGGCCAGGUAAAUUUCACACCAAAUGUAAAACUGAAGGUGUGAAGUCGUACAAGAG